AUGAAAAGCUUUUUAUCCUGCUGUUUCUUUCUCAGCUCAAUACUUCUUAUUCAUGGACAAAGCUCGGCAUCUAAAGAUGAUAUAAUAUCAAUUUCCAGUGGUGCUUCGUUCGGUAUGUGUCGAGGUUAUUGUCGUCGAUCAAUUCUGAUCUCGACAAAUUCCAAUCGAGUAAUUUCCAUGAAAGAAGCAAAUUAUCCACAGAAAGAAUUUCCACCGGUUAAAAAUGCCGAUUCUUUUUCUGCGGAGCAAUGGAAAGAAUUGAUUAGUCUUGUUGAUUUCAGCGCUUUUCAAGCAUUAGAUGAACGAAUUGGAUGUCCGGAUUGUGCAGAUGGUGGUGCAGAAUGGAUUCAAAUUCAAACACAAGGACAGAUAAAAAAAGUGACAUUUGAAAAUGGCGAAUUAAUCAAAGGUUUUGAAGGAUUAGUUGUUCAAUUAAGAAAUCUUCGACAUCAAUUAACAGAUAAUCUUUAA